AUGUCGGGCUCCCUCCCCUCGGAUAUCGACCCGACGGACGCGCUCGCAUCACUUGCGUUCACUGGCAACACGUCUGCGUUGUCGAGCUCUGCACUUGCCGCGCUGACGAGUAGACUCAGCCAUCGGGCCUCGUCGGAAGCCCUCGACUCAACCGACCCGCGUGCAUCAUCGAAGAAGCCCAGGAUGGCGAAGAGCGAGCAUGGGCAUGGCGAGCUGAAGGAAAAGAAGGGCAAAGCACCGGAGUGGACCGCCGCAUUCGCGGUUCUGCCCGUCGCCCUGAAGGAAAAGUCGCACGAAGACUCGUUCGAUCCGUACGCUGAGGUGUGCUUCGAGGGCGCGGAGGUGCAUGGGUCGAAGAAGACGAAGGACAGCUUGAGGAGGCGGCCGUCGCCUUCGUUUUUUAGGCUCGAAAAGGGAAGGGAGAGAGAACAGCUGAUGGAGAAACCGAUGUUGGAGAAAGGAAGGGGAGGAGAGCAGGCAAUAUCUCAGCCUGGGACAGUCCGUGAGGUUCGCGAUGCCAGGAGAAGCAUGCCCUUCGACAAGCCGAGCGACAUCGAGGAGGUGGUAUCACGAUGCAUACAGAGUAGUCCGAGCGCGAUAAAACGCUGGACCAUCGCCAUGGCGGACGUGCCGGACGAAGUGCUUGUGCAGGAACUUGAGCGAAUGAGGACGGAGAGCCGCAGGGAGUCGCAACGCAGACGCAGGCAGGACUCGACGGCGAAGCGGACGGAAGAAGAUAUUGACGAAGCGGCGGAAGAGAGCGCAAGCGAAAGCGAAGAACAUCACGACGACGGGGUCUCACACGCCUCGCAUUCUCAGUCACAUUCAACCUCACACUCGCACUCGCACUCUCAUCGGACGUCAAUACCCACAUCACCAUCGGACGAUGCAGAGUGGAAAGUUGCAAGACGUGCGCUGCUGAGCUGCCGCGAGCUCGUGCGCACGGAGCGGAACUAUCAGGCGUCGCUCCGGCAACUUCUCGCGGGGCAGACCCAGACUGCGCCGCCUCCACUUGCACUGUCGUACGUGCCCGCUCUGCUGAGGGCCAGCGAGGCUCUCCUGACGAGGUUUGAGGACGACCCGAGCACAUGGGGCGUCAGCGUUGCCUUUGUUGCCAUCGAAGAGGAUACUGAAGUCGCAUUUGUCGGCUGGGCGGGCGUCGUUGGCGAGGUUUUGCUCGCAUCUGAGCCUCCCGCGGACGACCUCGAACAUGAGAAGGAGAUGAGGUUGACGCGGAGGUUCACUCGUGCGAGCAGAAACAGCAGCCUCGGCAACGUCGGCGAAGCGUUCGGGAUAGGCAAGAAGACUAGGGGCACAGAAAGCGUGUACAGCCAGCGGGGUGUUUCUUCCUACGAUCACCGCGACGCGGCUGGACGUGCGGGCUCGGCAUCGGAAUCGACCUCUGCGUGUGCAUCGCCGCGCACCCCUCCUACGCGCAUGGUGCACUCCACGCCGGACACGAUUAGCGAGCAGAACGAGCAAGGUCUCGGGCUGUUCACCGCCGCUCUCGGUACCGGGCUCGCGUACGGCAUCUCACCAGCACAGUCGCCGUCUUCCCAUGGCGAGGGCAUCACCAAGAACCCGAAUGAUAGUGGGACGCUCAGCCGCACGCUCGGGGCGUGGAAGACCAAGUUCCUAAGCAGCCCGAGCCUCGCGACGCAGGGGCAUCAUUCGCACUCGCAUUAUCAUCCCCAUCAGGGUGCAUCGUACCAGAGCGUGCCCGGCAGCCCUCGCUUGACGAACUUCCAUGGUGAGGCCAGGGCGGUCGAGAGCAGGAAGGAGCUCAAGACGAGGGAGAAGCUGCCAAGCGUGCGGGAGCUUGCUGUCCUGCCGGUGCAGAGGAUCAUGCGCUAUGUCUUGCAGUAUCGUGGUGCGAUCGUGCGCAGGGUAAUGCGGCGUUUCUCCGUGGCUGAGGUGAGUACACUUACGAAUCUAAUGUUGGAAGGGCCACUACUGACGACGAUGUGUAGGAUGUCGUCUAAUAGUGCAUCCAUAGAAACGGCGUGUCUUGCGGCCGCUGUUUGUUCUACCUAUCCAUGA